CCCUGCCGAAACAAUUAAAACCCGUCACCUGUCCCAUCCCGUUUUGUGUCCCACGUCCCCGUCUCCGUCCUGCCUUCUGCCCUGCUCUUGCGCGACUUGCAUCAUCAGUCAUCCUGACCUCGAACUCGAACUUGAUCGCGCGCAUUCGACUUUGGACCGACCACCCACCCACUCAAGCCGUCAAUGACCUCGACACCCACAUCCUGACAGAGGUCGCAUGGAGGAGGUGUUGCUUGGUGAGCUGCCAUAGGUCCGUGUUGGCCCAAGGUAGCAGCAGGAGCAACAGCGGCCACCAAACAAUUCUCGCUCCCGUCAGCCCAGUCACGUACGCGCAGCAGCACUGACAUUGACUGAGCUGAAGCUGGAUGUGGUGAACUGGAUGGAAUUGGACGAGCACUACUUACUACCAGGGCAACCCGAGACAAUUGGCGUUGCUAUCAAUCAGAAAGUCUGAACGGCCCGAGACUGAGACUGAGAAAAGAGCUUGUUUGGCUGGUGGACGUGUCGUGUACCUGGCCUGGUCGUCGCAACCCAACCCAACUGGCACGACCAACUUCCAGCCUCCAGCAAGCAGGCCGCAUCCAAUUGGAUCCAAUUGCAUCGAGGAGGACCGCCUCGCAGAGAGGAGGAAGCCGAAGAGCAGCAACCUGAAAGUGGGAGAACCUGAGGUUCAAGGUACCUCAACUUCAGCUCCUGGUCCGCCCCUUCCAGCCCAAGGUGCUGCACCUUCUCACUCCCAGGCUUUUGUACCUUCCUUUGGAGUGUCCUACGUGAUGCUCUCCACACUCACUUCGCCUUGGAGUUGACACUGAAAAUCAAAGGAAGGUGCAACUGGGCAAGAAAGGCACAACCACCACCGGUCACUGCCCAAUUGGCCGCUCCUUCCUUCACAUGAGAUUGGCUUUUUCUCACGCCUCAUCCACCUUCUCAUCAACAAAACAAACAUUCUGCACGAGGGGAAAAAAAGAGAAGCCAAUUUCACAAGAUCUUUCUUCUUGCCAUCUUUCUUUUUCCCCCCCACGCACAACCAGCAGGCCUCCCAACUGGCACAACCUCUUCUCUCACUCUCUCUCACCUCUCACCUCACCCUGAUCCUUACUCCAAACUACUGCGGGCUUUCUUCCUCUCACUUCGACCAUCAAAAUCCUCACAUCUUCAGCAUCGCCAUCUUCGCCAUUUUCAAAAUCUUCACUGCACGCAGUCAGUAGCAGUUCCGACAAAUCCAUUUAAAAGAGGUCGCUCAGCUCAAUUCGACCACUGACAGCAGGGAGGUGGCUCCAGUCUCACUCUUAUCCGUUCGAAUUGCGCUUCUUCCAAUCUAUCCGUCCAAUUCCGCCCACGCUGCCAAAGCGCAUUGUCGCCUAGCCACCCUCUUUUUCUCGACCCAAGCUCCAACCUCCAGCCUCUCGAAUUUCUUCACCUCAGACCUCCGGCUUAGCACCUUUCUCUUCUUUCUUGGACUCCAUUUCUCUGGACCCUCACUUCUCCGCCUUCAAUUCGUCUCUGCUGAGCAGUAGCAACUUGCUCAUACAGACCGCCUUCGACAAUAUUUUUUGGGUGUGGUAUCAGAACCCCCAUCAUCAAGAUACCACCCUACCGAGUAAGUUGUACCCUGUUCCCUCCAACCUCACCCAUUUUUUUCCCUGCCCGGUUUUCCAUGUAACCCGACUUUCGCACAAUCCACACCACCUCCGUGUUCCUACCUUUCGGUACUUGCUGACUCUUGCUGGAUCAGCGUUCCCCCAGAUCCUCCUCAACACCACCCACACUACCUCAUUUCUCAGUUCCGAAUCACCACCAAGGUGGUGAUAAUUCCAACUUGUCUACUCCAACAGGUCAGAGCAGUGACCUGGGCAACAUUGUCAAGUUGACAGACCAAACUCCCCCCACGCCUUCUAACGACCGUCACGAAAUUCACGAAAUCACGACCCCUUCUGCGCAGCGCCAGCAGCAGCGGAGGCAAGCGCGAAACAUUACCCCAGAUCCAGUCGCUGAGAGACCAACCACUCCAGCUUCGUCCCAACUCUCCCACCGCACCCUUCGACGUACUUCGCGAUCCGUUGCGACCCCAAGUCCUACACCGCAGUCUGCCCGCCAGGUCCACAUUGAGGCCGCAUCAGUAGGUUUCAGUCCCAAACCACAGAUUGCGACCGCGCCUGCGCCUGCGCCCACGCCAGCACUUGCGCCUGCCCCGACUUUUAAUUACGAUUACCCUCGAACCGUCGCUCCCCUCGAUCGACGAAAUUCGCGUGCGCGAAGAGUUCUCUCACAGGAUCUGAGCGAGGACUUUGACGAAGAGUCCUCCGACGAAGCUCUGUUAUUCCGAGACCCAACAUCAUCGUCUUCUCAUACCCGACGCGAGUCUCACCGAUCUCAUCGCGUUUCCAGAAACACUCGCAGUGCCAUCCUCUUUGCACUUGAGGAGGCGCUUCGGCAACCUAACCUGUUCACGCCCGACGAAAUAGAAGAGGGCGCAUCAAUGGCUGACCUGAUCGGAGGCGGCACUGCCGCUUCCAACGGUAAUGCCUCGGCUUCCACUCGCCAGCGCACCACUGGCGCCCCUAACCCUACCAGCUCGCCUUCUGGAAUUCGUGGUCCUAGAAUGAUCAUGCAGGAGCGCGCUGCUAGAGAGGCAGCCCGUCAGAGAGCCGAACAGGAACAGAUGCAGUUGGAGAGACAGCGAGCCGAGCAGGAAGCUCGCCUAUUGGAGGAGACGCAGAGACGGAAUGCGGAGCGCCGAGCUGCCACCGCCGCUACUGGCGCUGCCGGAGGAGGAACAGCUGGUGGCGCCGCCAACGUGCCCCAGCAGGACCCCACCUCUCACCGGCGACCCGUAGCUACCGAUACCCCACAAACCCGAACCAACCCGGGAGGAAGUUCCCGCCAGCCCACAACGACUCAGCCGCAGACUCGACACGGUCGAACGGCGUCGACGUCUCAGCCCGGCCAGCAACCCUACAGCACAGCCCCUCAGGCCAGCACCACUCAACAGCCUGCUAACACCUCUGUUCAAGGAGCCCAGGAGUCCGGCGCUACGGGAUCGAGACCCAGAAACUCAUUUCCCCACGCGUUUGAGCGUUGGGAAACCUUAUCGGCUCAUUGGGAGGGUCUCACCAGCUUCUGGAUUCGACGACUUGAACAGAAUAACCAGGACAUUGAGCGUGAUCCUGUCAACCAAGCGCUCUCUCGCCAGGUCACCGACCUUACUGCGGCCGGUGCCAACCUUUUCCACGCCGUCGUCGAGUUGCAGCGCCUCCGCGCUAGCUCUGAACGCAAGUUCCAGCGAUGGUUCUUUGAGACCCGGGCUGAGCUGGAGCGUGCGCAGGAGGUCAACGCCAUGUUAGAGUCGGCCCUUGACGAGGAGAGACGUGCUAGAGAGAACGCUGUUCAGGCAGCUAUCCAGAAGGAGCGUCAGCACUCCGCCAACGAUGAACGCGUCAGGGAGAUGAAGAAGGAGCUCCAGAUCUCCAAAGAAGAGGCCCGCCGCGCUUGGGAGGAGCUUGGUCGCCGUGAGCAUGAAGAGCGCGAACGGACCCAGUCUCUGCAGAGCGGUCAGCCUACCAUCCUCGGCGGCGUCCAGGUCGUCCCGAUGACGCAGGGUGUCCCCAGUCGCCAUGGCAGCUCCCGUGAGCAAUACGGCGGCCAGCAGGCCGGCUACGCUGGCGAUUAUUCUCAAGCUCCUGGUGGUCAAUCCAUCCCCGCCACUUCCAGCAACCUCUAUCCAUCCGGCGAUCCAGGUCAGGAGGGCGUUACUUACACGGGUGCUGGUUCCGAGGGUGGAUACUCUGAAGAAGAGUAUGAAACCCCAGCAACGAACCCUCCCAGUGCCGGUUACCUGCAGACCCCCACCACGUCCGCUGGAGAACAGCAGCAGGGAACCGCUCAAGACUAUUCCGGCUCGGGCUAUGCUGCUCCAGGUUGGGAGACUGUCCCCAGACAUCAUCACCCAACUCGCCUGAGCGAUGUCAUGGAAGAGGACGAGCGCAGCCGCGCCAGCAACAGUCAAGUGGGCCGACACUAGUAUUCUCCGGCUCGCAAGCACUAAGCUCUUAUAAAGCAUCGAUCCUCGAAGUGCUUACGCGACUCACAUUGCCCCUGAAGACAAUAAGAGCGCCAGAGCUUCCUCUACCACAUGCGCUCUGCUCGAUGGCACGGUAUCAUCCCGUUCUCUCGCACUUUAUUCACUCUUGCAAGACUAUCGCCUCUUGCGAGCACACAUUACAUCCUUGCCAAUGGUGGCAAUGAACAAGCAUACAUAAUUCUUCUGCACGAACAUACGACCGCAAGGCGACUUUGACGAUUCACGCGUCAUAGGAGCCAUUAGCGGCCAGGCAGACUUCACGGACGUUUCACCAUGGCCUGAAUCGUCCCUCAUCGUUGGCACAGAACUAGAAGAACGCACCUGUGGCAGAUACGGACUGUCUGUCUAGACAUUGUUGGAGUUUCUCAAGCGCGACUUGACGACUAAUUUUUUUGUUUGGCAUCACACCUUUUUGCGGAGACCUUUGCGAUAAAAAAAGAAACGAUUCUGAGAGAUGGUUUGACACGGCGACGGACGGUCGGGCAUGAAAGGGUCAGCAUGGCAUGGCAUGGCAUACUUCUUUUUUCUUCGUUUUGGCGGCAAUCAAUCAUGAUUCUUUCCUCCCGACUCUCCGCCUAAAGACUUCUUCGAGUGAAUAAAUCGUUUCAUCCUCGCUCAGACCAGAACACUCGCACCCAGCCACGCUCAGCGGCAAAGACUCCACACGAGGGGCUUCAGACUUGAGAGGAGAGAGGAGGUGAUAUUCGAGAUGGAGGCAUGGGCAAAGAGGUGCAGAGCUCUCACGGCGUCUGGGGCAAGGGAACGGGGGGGGGAGGAGUCCUGUAUUUGUAGGAAAGACUUUUGUAGGAGAUAAUUCAUUUGCAUCGAGU